AUGAAAUUAUUAAAGCUUUCUUGGGUACGACAUGAUGCUCUUAUUUCCAAAUUUGUUUUGUUUGCAUCUUUUUUAUUUUUAAUCUUAUUAUCUGAUAGUUUUAUUAAAAAGGAAUAUUUUUUUAAUAUAAAAAUACGAAGUAGUAAGCUAUGUCAUUUUUUACAGAAUAAUUUUUACAAAUUAGAGAAGGUGCUUUUGUGUACAUCUCUUAACAAUUUCCCUCUUAAUGAUUGGAAAAGUUUAAAAAAGGGAAAUGUAAUGAGUCAUGAAGAAAAAGUAAAUGAAGAAACGAAUAUUAUAGAAAACAAAAUUAAAAAAAAGAAAGAAGAAAUGAAAGAGGAUGAAAAUUCAUUAGAUCUUGUUUUGGAUACAAAUAAUCCUUCCUUAGAUAAAAAUGUUCUAGAAAAAUCUAAAUUAGUAUUCAAAAAGUUAGACAGAAAUAAUAAUAAUUUAAUAGAUUUUAACGAAUUCAGGACAAAUGUAGAAAUAUUAUCAAAAAGUGAUGAUAUUAAUACAAAUAUUUUAAAUUAUUUAUUUCAGCUAUUUGAUAUAAACAAAGAUAAAAAACUCAAUUACACUGAAUUUUUAUCUUUAAAUUCGUAUGAUUUUAAUUAUAUCAAAUUAAUUAAAAUAUUAUUUGACGCAGAUGAUACGGUAGAUAAAAGUACCAUCUAUGAGUAUUUACAAAUUUACUUUUCAGAAUUUUUAGAAAAUAUAAUUGAAGAGGAAAAGCAUAUUUUAAUAAGAAAGAACAAUUUAGUUCAUUUGCUUUCCAAAAAUUUUUUUAAAAACAGUAGAAGUAAAUGGGAUAUAAAUGAAGAUGAAAAGUUACAAAUGGAAGAGUUCCAAAAUUUUCAAUUAUCUUUAUUAAUAGAAAUUGAUCAUUUAUCAAAUUUUUUGCAAUUGGAUUAUAACCUAGAUGGAAAAAUUGAUAUUGCUGAAUUAUUGUUUUAUCUUAACAACGAUAAAAAUGUUUAUAAUAAACUGUUUACAUAUAUUAAAAAUAAUAAAAAAAAAGAGGAUUUAUUUAAAUAUAUUAAAGAAUCAUUAAACAUCGAUGACUCUUUAAUUUUCAAUUUAAAAGUUUUAUUUUAUUCAUUUGAUAUUGAUAAUGAUAUGUUGCUAGAUUUAGAAGAAUAUCAAAAUCAAGUUGAUACUUUUUUGAUUUUAGAUGUUACACCUGAAAUAAUCUAUGCUACUUAA